UGUUUGGUAUCGCUUAACAGAAUUAAUAAAUUCAUUAACGCGAAUGAAAUUAAUGAUAACAUCAUUUGUAAAGAUAAACACAAAACAAUUUUAAUAUCAAUAAAAAAUGCCACAUUUUCAUGGGAUAAACACAUUCCUCCGGUUCUAAAGAAUAUAUCAUUGGAAGUGUUUGAACAUAAAUUAGUGGCAGUCGUGGGUUUAGUGGGCGCCGGAAAGUCAUCGCUUUUAUCGGCACUUUUGGGUGAAUUGGUUACUCUGGAGGGAAGCGCUUGUGUUGAGGGAAGUGUCGCUUAUGUACCACAAGAGGCGUGGAUUCAGAAUAAGACACUCAAAGAGAAUAUAGUAUUCACUAAUGAAUUGAAUGAUGAAUACUAUGAACGAGUGCUCGAAUCGUGUGCUUUAGUGCCAGACUUGGCUCAACUUCCGAACAGAGAUCUGACAGAAAUCGGGGAAAAAGGUAUCAAUCUGUCCGGCGGUCAGAAACAGAGGGUUUCAAUGGCGAGGGCUGUCUAUUCCAACCGAGAUAUCUAUUUACUCGACGACCCGUUCAACAACAAUUCAGUUAUGAACGGGGGUUAUAGGAUUGAUCGGCUUUCAUCCGGCUUCCAUCGGGCCCCACCCUAUGAGAUUUAA